AUGGGUUUUCUGAGUUACGUGUUUGGUCCGAAAUUAUACCAGGAAUAUGGCUUGGAGAAGAAGUUUUAUGAACCUAGUGGCUUGGAACGAGUUAGUGAUCAAAUAAUAACCACACUUUCAUUAAUGUGGAAUAUUAGUUAUUAUACAUCUCCGCUUAUAGUAACUUUCUUGUACAAAAGGGGCUAUUUAGUGACAGAUUCAAUAUCUUCAUUCGUAAAGUUUUCUACUAGUAUUGGUAUUAUUGUUGUAAUUACACUAUGUAUCCGUGGUUUUGGACGUUCCCAAUCCAAACAAUAUGUAAAAAUGAUCAAAGCGAUUGAAAUGACCAAAAUAUCUAACAACGACGAAGAAGCAAAGCGUGCUCUACGUAAGUUCGAUUUUGAUUUCCAAUCGUGGCAGGUAGACUUCGACGCAAGUAGCGUGCAAGGGGACGAAAAGAAAAGACAAUUAUCUACCAGUAGCCGUGAAACACGUCAGUUCAGGCUCGCUACUUUACCAUGCAAGCUCGCCGCUUAUGUUGCGAUACACACUUUUGGUAUACGAAUGAUAUACCCUGGAUAUAUAAAGCUAUUGCAAAAUUACUUAAAUACCUUCUUGAUAGAAGGUAGGGCUAAACUGGUAGAAGAACACAAGGCUUUACGUUAUAAAGUUAAAACUGUAGACCGUAAUGAAAUCGAUACUAUUUUUGUUGACAAUCGACAAAAUGGUAGUGCAAAUGGAAAUAUAUUGGUAAUUUGUUCUGAAGGUAAUGCCGCUUACUAUGAAAUCGGCAUAAUGUCCACACCGCUCUCAUUGAAAUAUUCUGUGAUGGGCUGGAACCAUCCUGGAUUCGCUGGCAGCACUGGCGCACCAUAUCCCCAACAGGAUAAAAAUGCAAUUGAUGCUGUAGUCCAAUUUGCUAUUCAUCGUCUUGGAUUCGCUGUUGAAGAUAUAAUUUUAUAUGGUUGGAGCAUUGGAGGAGUUAGUGCUUUGUGGGCGUCAAAUCUAUAUCCGGACGUGAAAGGAGUGAUUUUGGAUGCUACUUUCGACGAUAUUUUAUAUCUGGCUCUAUCGCGAAUGCCUGAAAGUCUUUCUGGUAUAGUUAGACUAGCUAUACGGGAUUAUUGCAAUUUGAAUAAUGUGGAUUCCAUACAAAACUACAAUGGGCCAAUCAUGCUUAUACGCCGUACAGAAGAUGAAAUUAUUUCAGAGGAUAAUCGCAUUAACACCAAUCGUGGCAACUAUCUAGCAUUAACUUUGCUCAAGUUUCGGUAUCCAUUAAUAUUUAAAACAACUCAGCUACAACGUAUUAAGAAAAUCUUGUCGCGACCAGUGGAUCCAAAGAAUUUUUCAACGACCAACGAUGACCUUUGCAUGUCUCGACUUAUUACUUAUGCAUCUGAUCAGGGAAAAUCGUUCCCGAUGCUAAUUGGCGAAGACUACACUGAAGAAACGCGUGAUCAAAUGGCUGAAUUUUUAUUAAGAAAACAUUUCCGAGAUUACAAGUCAACACAUUGCACCCCAUUACCUAAAGAUUACUUUGACAUUCCUUGGGACAUUCCCAUUGAAAAUGGCUUUGUAUUUACCUAAUUAAUUUCAAUAACGGGCGGUAGCUGUGACUGAUGCAAGCAAAUUCAUUGAUUGUUCACGGAGACAGCCAAAAAUGAAAAAAUAUGAAAAUAUUUUGAUGAGUAAUUAUUAAUAGACAUUAGAUAUGUAUUGGUUUGCAUAUGACAAGUGACCAUGCAUUUAGUUUCCAUUUUUUUAUUAUUUUCGUAAAUAUUUAAACGAAUUUAACUGUGGGUCUCUGUAUGGAAAAUAAAAAGGAAAAUGACAUUAAAUAAUGUUAACGAAUAAAAAAAUAUACAAUGUACAAG